ACCAGCUAUUUAAAAACUUCAUUUCACAAAAUAAGAAAAAAGGAAAAUAAAUAAAUAAAAGGCAACUUAAUUAUUCUGCUCUUGUUCCUUCAAUCCUCCUCCAAGCACAAUCUUCUUCACUUCACUUGCUACUAUGAACUGAAACGUUUUAAAGGUAUACGCGAUAACCGUUAGUGUUUCUUGUUUGGUUUUUCAGUUUGAGAAUAUGGUUUCGCUGGAGGAAUCUGGCUCCAACAACACUAACCGUUUUCCGUUGGAGAGGAGCUACCACUCCGUGUCGGCGAUUUCUCCCAAAACGCACCGUCGUAUAGGGAGGUCUAUGCGAACCAUACGCUCCAACUUUUUUCAAGACGAUAACAGCAGCAACAGUUGCUACUCUUUUACUGAGAAAUCCACGUGCUUAUCGGAGAACCUCUCCGACUCCGUCGUCGACCUCCGCCUCGGCGAGCUCGCCUCCAGGAACGUCAUCAAGCCUACUUCACCCGUCCCCGAUGAGGAACUUCUUGACCUCUCGCACGCCUUCAGUGACUUCUCCGCCUGCAGCAGUGACAUUUCCGGUGAGCUCCAGCGCCUCGCAUGCUUACCGUCGCCGGAAUACGUCCAGAAGAGCAACGACGCUGGCAACGGAGGUAACCAGGAACAGGAGACGGAGCCAGAGCCUUGCGUAGGGUUCUUACAGAGGGAGAAUUUCUCCACGGAGAUCAUCGAGAGCAUCUCGCCGGAGGAUCUUCAGCCAACAGUGAAGCUCUGCAUCGACGGCCUCCAGUCGCCGUCGAUCGCCGUGAAGCGAUCGGCAGCCGCCAAGCUCCGUCUCUUAGCGAAGAAUCGCGCCGAUAACAGAGUCCUAAUCGCCGAGUCAGGCGCAGUUCCGGUUCUGGUUCCGCUGCUUCGGUGCAGCGAUCCGAUGACGCAGGAGCACGCGGUGACGGCGCUGCUGAACCUCUCACUCCACGAGGACAACAAGACGCCGAUAACCAAUGCCGGCGCCGUGAAGUCGCUGAUCUACGUGCUCAAGACAGGAACAGAAACCUCGAAGCAGAACGCAGCGUGUGCGCUUCUCAGCUUAGCGCUUGUGGAGGAGAACAAGAGCUCGAUCGGCGCAUCCGGCGCGAUUCCGCCACUGGUGUCGCUGCUGAUGAACGGCUCCAGCCGCGGGAAGAAGGACGCGCUGACGACGCUGUACAAGCUGUGCUCGGUGAAGCAGAACAAGGAGCGGGCAGUGAGCGCCGGCGCGGUGAGGCCUCUGGUAGAGCUUGUGGCGGAACAGGGGUCUGGCAUGGCGGAGAAGGCUAUGGUAGUGCUGAACAGCCUAGCAGCUAUUCAAGAAGGAAAAGACGCAAUCGUGGAGGAAGGUGGAAUCGCUGCUCUGGUUGAAGCGAUCGAAGAUGGUUCGAUGAAGGGAAAGGAGUUCGCCGUAUUAACGCUUCUUCAGCUGUGUAGUGAGAGUGCUAUCAACCGAGCGUUUCUUGUGAGGGAAGGCGCCAUUCCUCCUCUCGUUGCUCUUUCCCAGUCCGGUACUGCUCGAGCUAAGCACAAGGCUGAAACACUCCUUCGAUAUUUGAGAGAAUCAAGACAAGAAGCAUCGUCUUCAAGUUCUUAAGGUGGAGUUAUUACUACUACUACUACUUAGGGAGGUAAUUAAUUAUACAAUGUAAUUGGUUAUUGUAUAUAUAGUGUUUUUGCUUGUUUGUACAGUGUGUCCAACAUAGUUUGAACCAUGUCUAUUGAAUUUAGAAGCAGCUUAGCGAGUUAUAAUAGACUGACACCUUAGAUGCAUGGAUUUUAGCUAGGUUUGGGAUUUUGCUUUCCCUUGUUCAAUUCGUUAUGUUUCCCUGGAGCUACCUGGUUGUGUUUGGAUUUUUUUUUUUAAUUAGGUUGUUAAAUUUUCUUUGUUUUUAAUGACCCUUGUUUUGUGAAAAGGGUUGCUGAUUGUAUCAUUGUAUGUUAAUUUUCCUGCUUUUAGUGGAAGUACGGUCCUUUUACUA